AAAAUGCUUAGCUUUCUCCUCCUUUGUUCUUCCCUUCUUCUUCCCUCACCAUCCAAUGCUCACCUCCUCAAGGCCUGCAAGUUCGACGCGAUUUAUCAAUUGGGCGACUCUAUAUCCGAUACUGGAAACUUAAUUCGCGAAAAUCCUGUUACUCCUUUUUCCCACUUGCCUUAUGGAGAAACCUUCUUCAAAAAUGCUACCGGUCGCUGCUCUAAUGGCUUGCUAAUGAUUGAUCAAUUCGCUUUGGCGGCUGGACUUCCUCUUAUCAAUCCUUAUUUGAACAAAGACGCAUCGUUUACUCAUGGAGUGAAUUUUGCAGUGGCCGGCUCUACAGCUUUGUCUUCUCAAGUUCUUGCUCAGAAGAUGAUCUUGUCUCCUGCCACCAAUUCAUCUCUAACUAAGCAACUUGAUUGGAUGUCUACUCAUUUUGAUACUAUUUGUUCUCAUCAUAAAGGUUUGUAUUUGAAUGAUGCUUUAUUUUUGGUUGGUGAGAUUGGAGGGAACGAUUACAAUUAUGCUCUAUUUCAAGGCAAAACCAUUGAAGAAGUUAAAAACAUGGUGCCUGAAGUUGUUCAAACUAUUAAAGACGCCAUCAUAAAAGUCAUAAGUUAUGGUGCUGUUCGAGUUAUUGUGCCAGGAAACUUUCCAAUAGGUUGUCUACCAAUCUAUCUUACUGGAUUUCAAACCAAGAUUUCUACCGCUUAUGAUGAGCUUCACUGUUUGAAGGAUUUGAACAAUCUUGCAAAUUAUCACAAUAAGCAUCUUAAACAUGCUAUUAAAUCCUUGAGAAAAGAUAAUCCAAAUGUCAUGAUUGUAUAUGGUGAUUAUUAUAAUGCAUUCUUGUGGGUUCUUCGACAUGCUUCCUUACUUGGAUUUGAUGAAACAUCCUUGCAAAAAUCUUGUUGUGGGAUUGGAGGUGAUUAUGACUUCAACUUAAUGCAAAUGUGUGGACUUCCUGGAGUACCAGUUUGCUCAGACCCUAAUGAACGAAUUAGUUGGGAUGGAAUUCAUUUGACACAAAAGGCGUACAAAUUCAUGGCAUAUUGA